UAAACAGCUGUUAAAAGAAAAUAGCCUUUGGCAGAUCGGCGCAGUUGACGCGUGUACAAAAUCGAAAGCAAAUUUGAUGUAGAUGGACGAACCUCUGAUUACCACCGUUCAUCAGUGACGAUCAUGUUUAAAAUUGAAUCGUACGUCACGCCGCUCAUUUUGAGCUACGUGGACAAGUACAUAAAAAACAUAAAACCCGAGGAUUCACAGGUUUCUCUAUGGGGAGGAGAUGCUGUGUUUCACAACUUGGAUUUGAGAUUGGAUGUACUUGAGGCUGAAUUACAUUCUCCUUUCACGUUUUCUAGUGGACACAUUCAUGAACUGAGAAUCCAUGUUCCUUGGACGAAACUAGCAUCUGAAUCUAUUGUCAUUACUAUAAAUACCAUAGAAUGUACACUCAAAUUAAAAAGCACAGAGGAUCGUGUGUCAGAAAAAUCCAGUCAGAGCCAAAGAGUGAAAUCAAAAAGGCAAGAAGUGGCUGUAAGUCCUCCUGGUUACAUUCAAUCCCUCAUGUCAAAAAUAAUUAACAACAUUAGUAUUGUCUGCAAUAAUGUAAUUCUGAAAUAUUUGGAAGAAGACAUAGUCCUGUCACUCAAUGCUCGCACAGUUUCCCUCACCUCCGUAGAUGGUAAAUGGGAGACGGCCUUUACAGAAUUGGCCUCCCCAGAUUUCACGUCGAGAAAGGCAAUAACAGUGUCUGAUUUGACUAUUUGUUUGGACCAAUGCAACGCUCAAGGAAAAAUUCCCACAUAUCAGGAACCGUUUCUAUAUAGAUGCUCGUUGAGCGUGCGAUUGAGCUCAACGUAUCCGAAUGCCAUUGGAGCACGAGCAUUAAAAACGCGCAUAGAUUUUCUUUUCCCCAAACUGGAUUUUUCUUUGUCAGAUCAACAAAUUCCCAUGUUCAUCCGACUUUUCAACUUGGCCCUUGCAUUAUACCUUGGUGACUUUAAGAACAAACCGGACAAGAAAGAAGAAGCAGAUGAUAACACGUCCACCGUCGUCGAUGACACCAACGUUGAAGAAGAAAACUCCGAAAAUCAGUCGUGGGCAGGCUGGGCUUGGGGUUAUGUCCCGGCUAUUUUACCCGUCUGGGAAAACGAUGCGGCAGAGAGUGGCGAAGUCUUACCUUCUGAUCGGGAAAGAAUCUUUCAAUUUGGCGUCUUUAUUGAACGUGUCAACUGGACUUUCAAAUGGGCCGAAUUAAUUCGCGACGUCUCCAUCUCAUCCGCACCAAGUCGGCUUCGAUUCCAGCCUUUCUUGACAGCUCGAAUGCAAGGUUGCUUUCUCCAAGUAACAGUGGCCGGAGUCGAGUGGGUCGACGUCCAAGGAGGUGUCAGCCAUUUGAUGCUAGAGCCUUCUUCAUCGUGCUGCCUGUGUGGAGUUCAAGAAGAUACCACUCUCUAUUACCUGCAAGGAUGCGAACGCUCUGCUUUCCUUAACGAAUCACUCUACGAUCCAAUUGAAAAGGUGGAACAGACUGUGGAAUCCAAGCCCAACUUUCAAUGGGAGGAUCACGUUCAAAGAAUUACAGAAGCCACCCUCCUGGAACGCACUCCAGCAUUAGGAUUUGAUUACCUAUAUCGGUUGGAAUUACCAGGAGACAUAACGUCCGAAUACCUGUCACAAUUGGGAUCAGAAUUCGAGUACAGCAAUCUGCCAGAAAAAGCUCUUUUCCGUCUUGCCGUCAGUCCACUGCAGCUAAAAGUCUCCUAUGGAUUAGUCCACCGUCUUAGCGCCUUACUUCAUGCAGCUCAUAACUACAACUAUCCAGAUUACGCUGACCCCGAAUUGGAAAUUAUUCGUCGUUCAUCAAUCCCCCCGGACACUGACCAAUUGUUAAACUUGGGUAGUAAUUUGCCCAGCAGAACGUACCAAGUGGCUGUGUUGCGGCCUCUCGUUUUCAUUUCGGUAACUCCGCCUCAUCCGACUUUCGAUUUACAGCGACUUGUUGAGCGCAGAGUCAUCCGGAUGAGAGAUAACGUGAAUUGCACUCCAACGGUAUCGUUGCCCGUCUUGAAGUUUGCUUGCACCUGUGCUGACCUCCAAGUUGUCCGGCCGAUGUAUCCUAUCCGCUUGACAAUGGCAUUGCAAUCGCUUCCUUCACCUCCAGCCAGUCUAGUUCAGCAAGGCCACACCAUGGUCCAGCUCAAAUUCCAAGAACUAUCAACUGAAUUAGUGAUGGAAGAGUUCCAUCUUCCUCUGUUGAAGCCGUGCAACGCUUCCGCCAGUCUAAAACUACUGUUGUUGCCGGAAUUGUGGCAAACGGAACGUGUCAUUUUCUCCUGCAAGUUGGAAUCGGAAAAACUGGAAUUGCUGGCCAGUCGACCCCAAAUCGAUUUCGUGGCAUCAGUCUGGAAGACGUUGACGGAUCCGGUUACAUUAACUACCCCUAAUAGAAUUGUAUUGUUCGAGGUUCUAAAUCAGGCAGCCCAUCCAACUUUGCAGCUGAACCUAAACGGUUUCAGAAUGGAUUACAUCCGAACAGCAUCUAUGGUAUGCGCGGGAUCGUCCAUCAGAUCGCUGAAUGCUUCCAUCGUGCAAACGAAUGCCGUGCCUUUUUUUUCUCACACUUCAGAUCCGCAUCGUAACAACUUCACCGAAUGGUUGAUUCAAUUCCCACAUAGUCUUAUCCAGCGCAAAGUAGAAGUCCAUAGUGCUGCACCGGUUUUUGUUUUCAAAAUGUCCUCCUUCGAUGUUCUGCUGGAUGCCGGUUGGCUGAAAUGGUUGAAUUACCGUUCGGAUGCGUUGGUGGAGAAUGCCACUUCCAUAGGGCCGGAAGAAGAAACUGAAACGCUACAACCGACUUCCUUCCGCAGUAAUCAAUCCAAUUGCGCUCGCGAUUCGGGAUUGAGCAGUUCGAUGGAUGGUCAAACUUGGCGAGCAUCCAGCUUCCAGCAAUCGACUUUAACCAAAUCGGCCGAAGAAACUUCAUCAACUUAUGAACCAGUCGACUGGAUAGCCAUCCGGAGACUACUUCAGCGUUCGAUUCUCCACAUCGACAUCCAGCCCAGCAGUCUUGUGCUUUCGGGGGAUUCAGGAGAAUUGCGACUCCAGUUCCAGUUACCUGCCGUAUAUGUCUCUUGUCCGCACAUCCGCACAUCUUCGUUAACAUUGGAGGACCUUCCAUUCCGAGAAAGUGGAUCGUUAGUUUCUUCUUUUCCGUGGACAGUCAGCUUUCAACAUUUUGGAUUUUCUUCCGGCCUUCACUUCGACAGCCUACGUCCCAUUUUGGAACCCAUUUCUCUGAAAAUGACGAUAGCUUUGAAUCCAUCAACUGCCAAUAGUCCAGUUGACCCAGUCAAGUGUACCGAUAUUCGACCACCAAGCAUCGAUUUGUGCAUCCACAUCGACAUGAAUGCCAUUGAGAUAUCGCUCGACGUUCAGCAGUUGCAACUCUUAUGCGAUAAAUUUGCUGAUUUAUCAAAUUGGUUGGGUGUUUCCACGUCCAACAGUCCAACCAUAACAACCAGUCGAUCCAAUUUCGAAAUUGGGUUGUGGCUUCAGUGGGCCAUGCCCAGGUUUGUCCUGGCAUUAGAAACACCGUCCAGUAGAACUGUCCUCGAUAUGGAAGACGUCACAACUUCUGUGGAUUAUCAACAUCGCCAGUACGCCAAAAUUAAGUCGCGGUUGACAUCGGUUUCGGUGAAAUUGUUCACGAAAACCCAAGAGACUUGGAUAUUGGAAAGCAAGACGAACGGCAUCGUAAUGUCUUGCGUUGACGAUAUUACCCGUGACUUGUUACCAUCCGGUGCAGUGGGGAAAACAGUGGCCGUUCCGUCGAUAUCGACCGCUCCAUCAGAUGCCUUCCAGCCGCAACCAGCCAGCAAAAAUAGUGUGGGAGGAAAUGCUGGAGGAAUAUUGACCCUGACAUGGACCCGAGCUCAGCGUCAGGACGUACACUCAAAGUGGCAUUCCAGAGGUCGCCGGAAGAGCAAUCAAACUGAAGAGGAGGUCGAAGAGGUCGUAUCGCCAUCUGACCGUUAUUUACACGAAGUUGAUAUCGCCUUGGAAGCUAUCGAUGUUGUAUUGACGGAAAUCCUCUUGGACCAUCUUAUACAGCUAGCCCAACCAGCUCUUAACUCUUUAUCUCGAAUCUUGACGCCCACUUGUACUCUUCCGGCCAGCAGCCAUACUCUUCCGUUGAUUUUCGCCACCAGCAAAGGACUUCGAGUAUUUUUGGUCCAAGAAAAGUUCCUUCUUUUGAAUUUGGAUGGUGCCGAACUAUCCCCUCAUGUUCAGAAUCCCGUUGGCCGGAGUGUCCAGCUCAAACCGGAUUUGUACGACGAAGCAGAACGACAAGGACUGCUUUUUAUUCCUGGCCACGAUGUUGAAGAUCGUCAAUAUCAAAUUGAUUUGUCUGGCCUCUCUUUCAGUUCAGGAUGUUGGAGGGAAGUUGAACGAGCCAGCUGGGUUUGGCGGACGCUCAAUCCGGCUUCCACUCUUCAUACAAUGGCGGAAAAUCCAGCUCUCGAAUGGAACGCUCGUCAAGAGCAACCAUCGGAGCCAAGUGUUGGAUUGACUCCAAUUUUAGCUCGCUGUUCUUUGCGAGUUAUCUACGCUCCUCCGAUUGUCAGCCUGGAACAGCAAUGUCUCGUUGCCGGGCAAGCCAUUGAGGUCAACGCUUCCAGCGACAUCCAGUUGCUAAUUGAUGCCAAGCAAAUCGAUUAUUACAUUCAAUGGAUGAAUAUUCUUCUUUCGGCAGCUACGAACUUGUCUUCGAAAGAGCAACAAGUGGCCGGAUUUCCAGCUCAUUCAUUUUUUACUUCUAACCGAGUUUGUGUCAUUAUCUACACGUCGCAGCCAGACGAAUUUCUGCCGUUUGCCUUGAUCAAUCUCAUCCAGCCUCACGUAUUGAUCAAAACGGCUGAUCAAGAAGUACACGAAAUCGCCGUUUACGACAUUCGGUUACAGCUACCUUGCUGGGCCGAUGGAUCACCUGUCAAGAGUUGUUUGCUUCCGGAUGAAAGCAUGUAUCCAAUCAGUUUGAUAGAAACGCGACUCGGUCAGCCGUCCAUCAUUACUGGAGUUCCACCUUCUCUUUUCCGCCUUGAAAUCAUUUCUGCUCGCCAAUUGAAUGUGGAACUUGGACGCCCUUUCAAAUUCAUUCUCCAUGCAGACAAUAUUUCGAAUCUCCAGUAUUUGGCUCGACAGUUGGAAGCCUUCCAAACCAAACAAGAAGAUUCGAAGUCAUCAUUAUACCGGCAUAUCUGCUUGAAAACGAGCCAAAUGGUAGUAGAAAUACCGGUUCCCUCCGCCGUAAUCAUCGCCGGUCUAAACGAUAUGCUACUGGAUGUGACUUGCCAAUUGGACACAAAUGAAGAAAAACGAGAGAAACUAGAAGCUAAUUUAAUACUGAAUGCUUUCUCUAUCAAAGCGGAAAUGGAUCAAAACAUUAAUUUGCAACUAUGCGAUCCUUUCAGUCUCGAUAGUCGGAUCCAGUUGUUGUGGCCGCACUGGUUAUCUAAUAAGCGCGUCUUGGUACGUGCAUUUUGUCGAGCCGACAACCUUCGACUUCACGCUGGGCCUCGCCAAGUGACUGUAGCCACGGCUCUUACGCAAUGGAUGUUGCAAAAUUACUCCCCAUCUCAAAAUGACGAUCCAGCUCCAAAGGAUGUCGUCGUGGAUAAGGAUGAACAACAUUAUCAGGAUGAUUUGAGAACUGGUACAUUUGAUUUCCAGGUUCGGGACACCACCUCCCGUCCUUCUUCCGGAUGGAUGCAAGCAGAAGAGAAACCACGUCCGUACCAGGUAGUUUUUAACGUUCAACCAGCCUCCAUGUGCUGGGCAUAUCCUCAACCAAGAGCUCUGACUCGGGUUGAUGUUUAUCCGAUUCCUCUAAUGAAAGCGGAUGGAGCCGGUCAAGAUGCGGCACCUGGAGUUGAGCAGGUUGAUUGUACCUUGGAGUUUUGGGAUCACUGUAGUCAAGAAUUUCGUAUUCUGAGGCGUUUUUCACUGUCUGAAAUUCGUUUCACUCGAGUUCCUCUGCCCAGCAUAUCAACGAAUCAAACAGCACGCAACGUCCAGGAUGACGAGAGGAGAGCGGAGAGGGAACUUUUGGAGAAGCAAGUGGCUUUUUCUGACAUGUGGCGAAUCGUUAUGCAUUUUACGGAAGAAAAUUUGCCGGAAAAUCGGCCCAAGAAAAUUAUCGCUGCUCCGCCCAGUUUAGUGGCCUGCACUAGAAUUGAUUCAUACUUCAACGCUUCCAUGGUGCCCGAUGUCCAGCUGGGUUUUACUUUCAACCACAUAUCGUUAUCACUCCGCAACCAGCUGAUCACGCCGCCUUCAUCUUCUCUUGAUGGCCAAUUCCAUCUGGAUGGAACGAUGCCAACUGAUUUUCCUUUCGCAACUAUAAAUUGCAGUUCCAUUUCUGCCAAUUUACGAUGUCGAUUGGAUGAGACGGUGACUGCCUCUUUGGAUUUCUCUACUCAAGUUCAAGCGAAUCUCAUCAAUUUUCGCUUCCUCGUCGACGAGGCUAUCCUCGAGCCAACAAGUGUUGAUGUCAAAAUCCUGGUGGAUGAGAGUAAAUCCGUGACCGCUUUGAUUUCGAGUCAUAGAUCUCUGGAUUUCAAUAUUGGCCAGUGUAGCGUUCACACGCUGACGUCGUGUUUGAAUUCGUGGAACGCCCUUUUGAACGCCGACAGCCAUUUGUGCACAUUGUACACGCACUACGUAAUACGGAAUGACACCCAAAAUGUUUUGCGUAUCGGUCAAUCCGGGACGGGUGAAUCUAUUUUGUUGGCCUCACGCCAAGCUCACCAGUACGCCUGGAAGGUGAUGGGCGAAAAUAAUCAAUUGCACGCAUGUAUGGAAGGUGGAAGAUGGCGUUGGUGCCAACCUUGUUCUAUUGACCGCCUUGGUACUAGUAUCCGUUCGGUGGUUGACAGUCGACCUAAACUGCCACUCAUCUGGACCGUGAAAGGGCUCAAUAGUCUCCAAAAAGAGGUCACCAUUCGUGGCCAGGUGCAAGUCGCAAAUCUGUUGCCCCACGCCCUUGAAGUCAAAUUGGUUCCAUCCAAAAUGGAACCAAGUGGUGCCAUCGUAGUAGGAGAAAUGAGAGGUCAAGUCAGCGCUUCGUCGAUUGCUCCUUCAUUUGUUUUUCCACUGGAACAUCUGCAUGCUGUUAAAGUACGCUUGCCGGGCAAUACGUGGUCCGGAUUGAUUCCUCUCGUUCAGGUCGAAACCAAAACAAGAAAUGUUUUAUUAGUUCGAGUGGCUCAAAAGGACAAAGGUGAUUCGCUGAAUUUGUGGUGCCACAUGUGGACAGAAAAAGUUGAUCAGCAUCAUUCAAGAUUAUUGGUUCUCUUCUCUCCACUCUACAUGGUACGAUCGUAUUUGCCACAACCGCUACGACUACAUUUGCGAACGCCCGGACUCAACUCGUCACUUUUCUCAGAGAUUGAAGGACGUGGUAGUCAAUCCGUCCUUGAAUGCCCGGGCAGUGUUGAUCACGGCCAUCAGCUGAGCUUUCAACUGAGCUCCACUCUGCCGGAAUCUACUCCACCGGUUCCGCUGUCAUGGACGAUGGCCUCGCAAAACGUCACACUAUCCGGUCAGCAAACUCCGUAUAUCAACGAUUUGCUUGAAGAACUAUUCACAAACGACCAACUUGAGAAAUGGCCCUUCGCUGAGAAUGUGGAUUUUAUCGACUGCUCGGCCGAUAUACCACAACCCAAAACGGACGUUCGAGUCACCUUCUCCAGCUUACACCAACGCUGCCAUUCGCUACUUGUCGAACUGAAACCUUGGGCGUUGGUGGUCAACCACUCUGGCAUCGAUUUAGUAUUGAAACGAGUCAAUGAUUCCGCCGGAUGUUGGACUCUUCCCAAUCGGGCAGUCAUGGCGCCACCACCUAUGAACGACGACACCUUCCAGAUUGGCUUUAUUGAAGAUGGACAACUUGAUUCCGUGUUCUAUUCUCAGCCACUACUUUUACAGGAUCAGGAUCACUUUCAUUUCAUGUACCGACCGAGAGUCGAAGGUGCCAUCCCCUUGGAAGGAUUCUGUACGGUUCAAAUAACUAAAAGCAAUGGAGCAAUGUGCUAUUUGACGUUGACGUCAAAAAUGCACGAAGGAAUCCGCAUCCUGUCCAUCCAGCCAACGUUCCGCAUCCACAACGCCACGCCCAGUCUGUUAAAAAUCGGAUGUUUAAUUGGGGACAGCCUUUUGGCUUGCAAAGCGACCCUUGUAGAACCCAAAGAUGAGUCCCGUGCCAUUCCUCUGUUAUUUUGGCAGAGCACAGGAAAACAUUCAGAGAGUCUCUACUUAUCCAUUCGACUUUGUUCCGACUGGAGUUGUCCAAUCCAACUUUACCAUCCUGGUCAUAGUUCGCGAAAUUCAAAUUCUCAUCAUAUCAACCCGCAACGCUACUCCGUUUCUGUCCCGUUGUCUUGUGGGAGUCUUGAAUCCGAAACAUCCGACAAUUGUCCUCUCGUCAUUACUCGGCUGGAACAAAGUGGACUAGUCUAUCUGUCUGUAAAUGUCGACCCUGAUCCAUUGUGGGUUCUCAUCAAUCGAACCGAAUUGACUUUGGCAUACGGCCAGGCUUCUGAUAGCGUUCCCGGUCAUCCGGAACCGGAUUGCCCCAACUUUAAUUGGCACGGAGUGAUUCGCUCUAAUGAAGCUGCUUUUUACACGCCACCCUGGGGUCAGCUGCGCUACACUGACGUCUCACCACCUGUAAAUCUUCCCAGAUUGUUGUUGGCUUUAGAAGAGACUAGCCCGAAGUGGAGCAAUCCUGUUCAUCCAAGUCACACCUACGAUCAAUUCCUUUGCUUGUCUCCAAGUAUCGACGUGAUGGUCCGGAUGGUUCGGACGAGUACACCUAAUCAAACGGCCAUUUACAUUGAACCGGUUAGUCGGGUUGAGAUAUCUGCUUCUGAUAUCAGAGGGCGAAUUGAAAUUCCGCCUCCCGUCGCUCCGCCCUCACCAGUACAAGACGUUGCAAUCCGACCACCACGACCCGCUCUACGUUCACCCUGUAAAACGGAAAAUGAAUGUAAAGUUCUUCAUGAUUUGGCUGGCAAUCAGUUGGCCAGAAUUACCAAUGCUGUUUCCGAAGAGAAGGAUUUGAAUUUGACGGUUUACUGGCCUGAAAUUAGCGUUUGCUUUCGCGAUGACACGACUGCCCAACGCCGAGAAAUGUCUCGGCUGACUGUGGAUCACUUUCUGGUGGAUUACUUUCAAAAUUCUUCGGUCCGACGAAUCACGUCUCGCUGUGGACAUGUUCAAAUGGAUAAUCAAUUGUACCAGCCGCAGUCAAAUACGCCGGAAGCAAGAUCACGAGAUGAAGAAGUUCAAGGUUUCGAUUUCCCCGUCAUAUUUUUAGCCCAGAAUCCUCCCACCUGGCAACAGAAAUCGCUGGCGAAAUUAUUGGAUGCACUCCGACAAAGUGCGUUGGUUGUCUUGGAACUGGGCUUGACCGACUCUGGUCGCCCUACUUCGCUGGAUUUCCAAUUGGAUCCCAUUUUUCUCUUUAUUGAAGAUCGAUUCAUCGUGGCCGCCAUGGAUUACCUGAAUACUUUUUCAUUCAGCACGCCGACUUUGAAGAAAGGAUCCAAUCAAUCAUCCGAGCUUGUCUCAUUUCCGGAUCGAGUCGCUGAAGUGUUAUCCAGCCUCUCAGUCUCAGUCAAUUUAGAUCAAUUGAAAGUGCGCGCCAUUUCGCUUGACUUGAGUCUCCGCAGUUCUGUCAAACUCUACAUCGCUCUGGAUCAUUCCCCACUCCGGCUGGACGCUUUUGAACGCUCGUUAGUAUUGACAACACCAUACAGACUGGGCCAGACAUUAGCCAUGCAUUACGUGUCCAGUGCUCUCUUCAAAGCCGGAUGGGUUGUAGGAUCUAUGGAAUUGCUUGGAUCGCCCACCGCCUUGGCUCGAACGGUUACCCUUGGCUUGAAAGAUUUCGUUCGGUUACCGUAUCAGGGUAUUUGGCGAGGUCCAAGAGGGUUCCUCGCCGGAAUUUUCAAUGGUUCGGCUUCUUUGGUCAGUCACGUAACAGCCGGAACUGUGACAUCCGUCACCCAAUUAGCAAGUAGCGUGGCUCGUAACGUUGAUCGACUCUCCUUCGACUUGGAUUUUCAACAGCGAAGCGAAGAAGGAAGAAGGAAAAAACCGCAAGGUUUGGUUCAAGGAAUCGGCUGGGGUCUCAGCGCAUUGGGAUUGAGCUUACUUGGAGCUUUAGGUGGAUUGGCUCAUCAUCCACUUCAAUCGCUGAUUGAAGACGGAACAGUAAGUCCGCGCGGUCUGGCAGUCGGACUAACUAAAGGAAUUGUAGGCGUGGUCGCCAAACCUAUUUCAGGAGCAGCCGAUCUGGUUGCCCAAACUGGUCAAGGACUCUUGAGCGCAACCCAAUGGAGUGAACCCUUUCAAGCUCGGCGACCUCAAUUGCUCGCUUCCAAUCAGCUGGAUUUAAUAUGCUCUGGACCGACCAAAAUUUUAUGGAAAUUGAACGACGAGACGCCACCGUUGACAGGCCACCAUACCAAAGCUAGUCGGAUCUGCUGCUGUUUAGAGGCGAUGAGAGCACGUGUUAAUGAUGCUCUGCCCAUUCGCGAGCAAUUAGCGCCUGUGAUAUUGCUCGUUUCCACCCAGAAUUUUUGUGUUCUCAACGCUGAAGAUGGAGAAGUACAAGUGGUCCUAGAUUUGAAUGAAGUUGACUGCUGGGCUCACAAAACUGACCCAACUCUGAUCCUGGUCAGACCUACUCCUUUGAGCGCCCCAGUGCUCGUGGAAGCUAGGCGCGACGAUGAUUUCAAUCCCCAUUAUGAUUAUCAGCGAGUCAGCGAGUUUGUUAGGCUUACAACACCAUAUUUCCUACCGGAAGCUGCAGUAGAGACGGUUCAAGAUGUGACGACCAAUCAAACAUCUUCUAUCGCCACAAUGGAGUUUUUCCUCAAUCCCACUACCAAGGAUUUCUUUAUCCAAUGCUUUCAAAUGGCCAAACAGCAAAGAAAAGGGGUUGGCUUUGCUCUGCUCUGAUGGUUUUCUUGCUACGUAAACGCGCCUUAAAAUAAGUUGUGACUGUUUAUUUCCCUGUUCAGUAAAAAAAAAUUGUCAAUUUCAAAAUUCUGAAUAGAUUCAACCUUAUCUGUUGGUUAAUGCAGGCUAUUUAUAUAUUCUACUUGGUAUCGAUUUUUUUAAUACUGUUAAUUACUUGUUUCGGCUAGUGCCUCCAGGAUUAUUAUUAACAUGUUGUAUGAAUCAUUCCUGUGAUGAUAGCUCACGCGAGUUAAAUACAUCGGUUACGUAAAA